GUGAACUAGCUACAACUAAACAUGGCGACGACGGUGUUAAGACUUCGGAGAUCGCUCCGAUUAUGUGGUGUGCAGGCUGUUAGAUCAACAUGUCAGCCUGCAGAAUGUAAGAGAAGCAUUUACACCACUGCACCGAAGCUGAAAAACCUCUACUGGAAUGACAAGUAUAAUGAAGGAGAAGAGGUUUUUGAGAAAAUACUCAUCGCAAACCGUGGAGAAAUAGCCUGUCGUGUGAUUCAUACAUGUAAGAGACUGGGAAUCAAAACUGUAGCAGUUCAUAGUGAGGCAGAUUCAUUGUCUCUUCACACCCGAUUGGCUGAUGAAGCCAUCUGUGUGGGCCCGCCUCCCACCAGCCAGAGUUAUCUCAACAUGGACGCCAUUCUCCGUGCUGUCAAAGAUACAGGAGCGCAAGCUGUGCAUCCAGGAUAUGGGUUCCUCUCAGAAAAUACAGUUUUUGCAGCAAAAUUGGCAGAAAUAGGAGUAGAAUUCAUUGGUCCUAGCAGUCACUCUAUUAAAGCCAUGGGAGACAAGAUAGAAAGUAAGAGAAUUGCCAGCAAAGCUAAGGUCAACAUGAUCCCAGGUCAUGAUGGAGUGGUGGAAGAUGGAGAACACUGUGUGAAACUGGCCAAUGAAAUUGGAUACCCUGUAAUGAUUAAGGCCUCAGCUGGUGGUGGUGGAAAGGGAAUGAGGAUAGCUUGGAAUGACAAAGAAGCAAGAGAUGCCUACCGCUUGUCCAAACAGGAGGCAGCCUCCAGCUUUGGGGAUGACAGGAUGUUGAUUGAGAAAUACAUUGAUAAUCCAAGACAUAUUGAAAUGCAGGUUCUGUGUGAUAAACAUGGGAAUGCACUGUGGUUAAAUGAGAGAGAAUGCUCCAUUCAGAGGAGAAACCAGAAAGUGAUUGAAGAGGCCCCAAGCACAUUUGUAGACCCAGACAUGAGAAGGAGAAUGGGAGAGCAGGCUACUGCCCUGGCCAAGCAAGUCAAAUACUCCUCAGCUGGCACUGUGGAGUUUCUUGUGGAUUCACAGAAGAAUUUUUAUUUCCUUGAGAUGAACACUCGUCUUCAAGUAGAGCAUCCUAUCACAGAGUGUAUCACAGGGAUCGAUAUUGUUCACCAAAUGAUUCGCUCCGCCAAAG